AAAACUCCUCAAAAUUGAAUUGGAUGUAUGGAUUAUCUCCCGCGGCAUAAUCCCAAAGACAGCUUUUUUCUAUAUCCGUUUAUUUUGAUCUAAAAUAGUCUAUAUCUUGAUAUAGUAAGAUAGAAUUAAAACUUUACAUCCGCCAGGUGGCGAUCGCACAAACUGCCGUCCGUUCAGUAUCGAUUCCAAGUUUCCAUCAAUCAAUUUGGAGAGAAAAAUUUCGCUAUUUAAAUAAAAAGUUCACUMAAAAGUAAAGAAAAAUGGAUGGUGAUUUUCUUGGAAGCCCUGUGGAGGGACAACUUGAUCGCUCAAACAGUGAGCCAGAUGUAUUUUCCGCCAGUAUUCGGCCAAGAACUUGCAGUAACGUGUCYCUCCGCAGUAAGCCCGCCAAAGGAGGAAAAAAGAGACCAGCUUCUCUGAGAGACGCUCAAUUAGCCUUACACAAAAGUUUGGAUUCAGAUCCAGAGUUAUCGCUGAGCGGAAGCUCAUUCAAAGGAAUAUCUAACCUUACUGGACAUACAACACCGACCAGAGAAGAGGUCAAAGCUCAUGCUUAUGAAAGACUGAAAGCUGAAUUACAAAAAGCACAGCAGGAAUUAAAGCUCAAAGAUGAGCAAUGCGAUAAAUUGUCUCAAGUCAGAAACCAGCUGGAGUCUGAGUUGGAGGAGCUCACAGCCAGUCUGUUUCAGGAAGCCCAUGCAAUGGUCCAUGACGCAAGGUUAAAACAAGACCAGGCAGAGAAGAAAUACACAGAGGCUGACAUCAAGGUUGAUAUGUUGCAAGCAGAAGUUAACGCCCUUAAAUCACUAGUAAUAACCAGGACACCAGGCAACCACAAGGGCUCMCGUCACCGUCGUCAUAGUGAUGAGCAAUAUUCUCCAUGCGAAAACUGUGGCUCUUAUGACUGCGAUGGAGCUGCCCCCAAGAAUUCUGGUCGAUGUAAAGGAAGAAGAAAGUCAAGAGAUUACCACAAUCCUAAUGAACCCGAGGUGGAUGUCAUAACAUUUAGAGAAUUUUUACAGUUUAUGGACGAGCAUUCCGUGUCACAUGACCAGCCAUUUCUUAAUAGAAUUUACAUAGAAAACGUGGCUCCUUGCUUGGAAUUCCCGAACAGAGAGCUUGCCAAUGCAAUCCAUGCUGCUAUAGAAAAUAAUGUUCUUUCAAUGGAAACAAUACGAACGAAACCAAUGUUCAGGCGAUGUGCCUUAACGGGUGUAACUCGAUUUUGUCGCCACCGAGUGAAACUAUCCGAUAACCAAGAUUGGAUAAAUAUAUGUCGUAACAGUCGAGACAGGAUUGCUGCCGUCUGUGACUUUUAUACUUAUAUAAGAUACAUCCAGAAAGGACUUGUCAAAGCAGAUGCGACUGAAAUUUACUGGGAAAUAAUGAGACUACGUCACAAAAUGACCGAAGCGAGGCUUGGUUUAACCGCACAGAAACCAACCACCGGGUCGUGACACGUGAUGCAUUUAUAGUUUAUGAUUGGUUGUUUUGGACUAUGGUAUUAUCACGUGACUUCCGCCGUGUUUUGAUGAUAUGGACCUAGGUAAUAUUCAGCUGGUACUGAAAUUACUUAUGACGCAUGCGCAUUGGUGGGAUACAAUAUCUGAGAGUGAAGGGAGUGGUGGGUUUGGACAAUGGAAUAUCACGUGACUUCAGCCUUAUUUUCAUGGGAUGGAUCUUGGUUCAGCAUAAACUGAAAUAACACAUGCGCAUGCGUACUGGUAGGAUACGAUCAUCUAAGAGUGAAGCCUGGGAUCAAUUCAAUUGACAACGGCGUGUUUUUAUUGGUUGCUUGUAACAAUACAUGAAACAAUUGCGGCCUGCAUUUGGAAAUUACAAUGCAUCCUGGAUCCAUUCAAAGAAUGGCAAAAGGGCGUAUUUUCUUGACAUUUAUCACAUGACCUGCAUCAGGUUAUUUCAAGGUGAAGGCUGGAAUGCAUAGCGGCAUUGAAAAAUUUUCAAACGCUCAGUUUCGAUGGGCUUUUUGACCUGUUUGUCAUGCUACAUACACACAAAUCAGAGGUUGUCUUAAAACGUGAACAACAUGGACAACUUCUCUGAGUAUUUCAAUUUUUCGACCUUCGUUGCAUCACUCUAUUCAUGGUAAAGAGAUAAUAGUCUCCUUCACGGUUACCAGCGCCAUCUUGAAAGGUAGCCGUGCCUUUGCAUCUAAGCGAGAUGAAAGUUAAGCGGGCAAUGAUAGAAACCUUCUUUCACACCUACAGACAAUUAUUCCUAGGUUUCUAUCACUGCACGCUCAACGGUCGUCUCGCUUCGAUGU